CACCGUCGAGGUGGGUGACACCAAAUUCACCAUACUGAAGAGAUACCAAAAUUUGAAGCCCAUCGGGUCCGGUGCACAAGGGAUAGUCUGUUUUCUCUUUUAGUUCAGUUGUUUUGUCCUGCUUGCUAUAUUAUCCGUGUGCCUCUAAUUUCUCUCGUGUGUUAUUUAUUUUGUGUGUUGGCGUUUUAAAACAUAGUAAAUAGUGCAUGAUGUCGUCGAUGAGGCCCGGAUUUACACAGCACAUUUUCGAAGAUGCGGAAUUUUGGGUUCCCGAUCGGUACAUUGAUUUGCAACCCAAAGGCGGUGGGGCACAAGGGUUAGUUUGCGCCGCCGUCGACACAGAAACUCAACAGAAUGUAGCUAUUAAGAAGUUAAGUAGGCCAUUUCAAAAUGUAACGCAUGCCAAAAGGGCGUAUCGUGAAUUUAAGCUCAUGAAACUAGUUAAUCACAAAAAUAUUAUCGGACUUUUGAACGCUUUCACGCCUCAGAGGUCCUUAGAAGACUUCCAAGAUGUUUAUUUAGUGAUGGAAUUAAUGGACGCGAAUCUGUGUCAAGUCAUCCAGAUGGACUUGGACCAUGAAAGGAUGAGCUAUCUUCUUUAUCAGAUGCUUUGCGGUAUUAAACAUUUACAUUCGGCUGGUAUUAUACAUAGGGAUCUCAAACCAAGCAAUAUUGUAGUUAAAUCAGAUUGUACAUUGAAAAUAUUAGACUUUGGUUUGGCGCGUACCGCUGGAACCACGUUCAUGAUGACACCGUACGUGGUUACUAGGUAUUAUAGGGCCCCGGAGGUCAUCCUAGGUAUGGGUUAUACGGAGAACGUGGACAUUUGGAGCGUCGGAUGCAUUAUGGGUGAAAUGAUUAGAGGGGGCGUGCUGUUCCCAGGGACUGAUCACAUAGACCAAUGGAAUAAAAUUAUAGAGCAACUCGGCACGCCGUCGCAGCAGUUCAUGGUCCGACUCCAGCCCACCGUACGCAACUACGUGGAAAACCGGCCCCGUUACACCGGCUUCCCGUUCGACAAACUCUUCCCUGACGUGCUGUUCCCUUCGGACAGCAACGAGCACAAUCGGCUUAAGGCCAGCCAAGCGAGAGACUUGCUAUCGAGGAUGCUGGUGAUCGACCCGGAGCGGAGGAUAUCGGUCGACGACGCCCUCCUACAUCCGUACAUCAACGUGUGGUACGACGAGCAGGAAGUGAAUGCGUGUCGUUCACGACAGCCCGCGCCCGGCCCCUACGACCACAGCGUCGACGAGCGCGAGCACACCGUCGAACAAUGGAAAGAACUGAUCUAUCAGGAAGUCAUGGAAUACGAGAGUUCGCGCGGAAGAGGCGCUUCAAGUUCACAACCGAGUCCCGCAUCAAAUUCAAUCGAGCCAAAUGGGACGGAUUCGAUGCGGUAGAAAAGGAUUUGGGACGUGAAGCACAAGUUGCAAUUUCAACUAGUCUAACUUAUUAUAUUAUUGAAAAUAUUAAUGACAUAAAGCCCACCAUAAAGUAGAUGCUGAUACCAACUAAACAGACAGAGAAUAUACAUAGUGAGCUGUGUUUGUUAAUACAUUGACAGUGAGUAUAAGACUACACACGGGUCCCUUUUUUCUAUCAACCGGAAACUUUAUAUAUCCUUAAUCAGUAUGUGUGAUAUUGAUAACUUAAGACUAAUUUGUAUUUUGACCUUCUUUUCCAACUUUUUUAUUUUUCCAAAUAAACAAAAUAAGAUUUAAGCAACGUAUUUUUGCAAGAAAAAUCAGCAGAUACAGAUAUACGAAGCAUUGUUUGAAGGAGCGUCGUUUUCGGACAAUCAUUCAGUUCAUUCAGUUUCCAUUAAAAAUACAAAUUAGUAAUAAAUGUAUAACAAAAUAAUAAAUAUUAGGUAGUACCUAGUUAUUAUAAUUAUUAUGGUAGUCUUGUUUUUUCUUUUGUCAUUAUUAUUUAUUUUCUCGUUCGAGCGCAAUAUUUUUCUAUUAAUAGGUACAUCUGUUUUAUAACUUUAUUAACUUAUUUUUGCUCUUUUUAAAGUUUUAUAGUUAUAUAGACAUAUAAAUAGAGUUAGUGAGUAUAACCAUUUGAAACUAAGGUAGGAACAUCAAGUUGAAAAUGAUAAACGUUUACAUAAUUUGGAGUCAAAUUGUGUGAAACUAGCGGAGAAAAUUACAAUAAUAACUUUAUGUACUUGUGAACAUCCGAUCCAAAAACUGUAAAAAGUGACAAUUAGUGAAUUUUAUAGGUGGAUUUAUUUUUUGUUGUUUAUUACGAUUUUGUUGUGUUUUUAAAAAUGGUAAAUUCUUUUUUAUUUAUUCGUGCAAUUUGUAAACGUCACCGGCGGUUACAUUUUUGUUUUAACCUUAAUUCUUUCAUUGUGAUUAAAUCGUGAAUGUGCAAAGACUUCUAAAAGAAUAACUUAAGAUAGAGAAGAGUUGCGUAGUUUUUAAAGUUUUUAAUGUAAAUUUUUUAAUUAAUUUAUUUUGUUUUUUAAAUAAUUUAUUUAAGAUGAUCGUUUUAUUGUUUCUUUCUCUCUUGAAGAAUAAUGUAAAUAACUUCUCAAUUAGACUUACUUGAUUUUUUCGACUUUCCACUUAUCCUAGCUAAAACAAAACAUUUUACGCGUAGACGACAAAUUGCAAAUCGGUAGAAUAUUUUUGUGUAGGUGAUAUCACCUUUCAUUCUGUUCUUGUUCUUUUUCGAAGACACAUUCUAGAGUGUUUUACCGGUUUACAAGAAAAUUAUUAAAGAAAUCACGUUUAGUAAUUUGUAGUAUACAUACAAUGCUUGUAUUGUUCUGCUUUGUAAAUAAAAUAAACAAAGUAAACUGAU